UUUCCUUUUUUUUUUUUUCGAAAAUGUACCGGUCAACUUUAAUAUCUCACACGUUGAAAAAUGUUUUGUCACAUGUCGGUUUUAUUCGUACGACGGCGAAUACUUCGCGUAACUUUGCCUGUAAGGAUAAUAUCUUCGUUAAACAACUUGUACAACUUCGCCUGACGGAAAAAUAUCGUCGCUACGGCAAUAACAGAUCGCAAGAAACGAAAAGAUCCUAUCUCCUUGCCAUGUUUCUGCCCACUUUAGUACAUAAGUACUUUUUCGAUGAUGAAGAAGAUGAUGAAAUUUCGAAAAUCGUCGUAGUGCUUAAACGAUCAAUAUUGUUAAUACAGCAAGAAAAGUUUGACAAGGCGGAACAAAUGCUGCAUAUAGCUUUGCAUCAAGCGCAAACUGUACAGCAUUAUGAUGCGAUUACGUAUAUUUACGAUGUACUGGCAAAUGUAGCCUUCUAUACUCAGGAAUAUCACAAAGCACAGAAUUUGUUUGUGAUAGUUAUGCAAAGGCUGAUGUCUAAGGGAGCUCUAGAGAAUGACAUGAGAAUUAUUCAUAUAAGUCUAAAAGUGGCUAAAGUAAUGGAAGCAUUGGGACAACUGGAUGAAGCAGAACUGGGAUAUAAGUUCUGUAUGGAACACUUACAAUCACAUAUUGAAACGGAUCCAGAAAAUAUGGAUGCUUUACACGCGCAAAUGUUGACUUAUGAAUGGUAUGGACAAAUGUUAAUAUCAAAGAGUCAGUAUACUGAAGCUUACAACUAUAUCCUUCGUGCCCUGAAUAUGGUGAAAAAGACUGACGCUAGUCAUGAAGAUACUAUAGAUAUACUCAAUAACUUGGGAUAUAUUUGUUACAUACAAGAGAAAUACGAUGAAGCCAUAAAAUAUUAUUCUGCUGCAGUAGAAAUAGGAGAGAAAGUACCGGAUAUACCUCAUAUGGACAUAAUUCAUGUAAAUAUAGGAAAUAUAUUUCUGAAGAAAGGCUUGUAUAAAGAAGCAAAAAAUUCUUGUCAACAAGGUAGAAAAAUAGCUGAUAAUAUAAAAAAUAAUGAUGUAAUGCAAGAAGCUGACGAAUGCCUCAAGGAAGUGAAAAGAUUGCUGUCACUGUAAAUUCUCACAUAUAGUUGUAAUAGAAUUGUAAAAAAAAAUAUAGGAAUGUAUUUGCAAAGUUA